AUGAGUGAUUUAUUUGGCGAUGAUACUUUGAGGAAAUGUAAUAAAGACAUAAAUAAUUUAGAUAACAUUAGAAACACUUUUCUUAAAUUAAACUUACAAAAAGACAAUGACGAAAAUAAAAUUAUUAAACACAAUAAAAAAAAUGAAAUUGAUUUGUUUUAUUCUGCUAAAAAUGAUCAAGGUGUCAUUUUUUCAAACAGAAAUAAAAUUGAUAUAGAUUUAUAUUCCGAAGGCAUUUCUCCCCUUAGUAUAUCAACGCUUGUGUUUAGCAACAAUUUAAAAAAUUUAGUGAAUAAUAGUAAAGAAAAAACAAAAAAAAAAGAAAAUGAAUAUGAUAUUUUUUAUUUAAAUAAGGAUAAAUUAAAAAUAAAAAAUAAUUCUAUAAUGAAUGAAAAUUUAAUAAAUGACAGUAUAAAAUUAAAUAGUUCAUUAGACGAAAUUAGUAAAAUAAAUUUUAUGCAAAAUUUAAAGAAAAAUAAACAUGAUAAUAAUACUGAUGAAAAAAAUAGAGGUAAAAUAGAUAAGUUGGAACAAAGAAAAUAUUUUAAUAACCAUAUUAAUAAUUUGAAGUUAGGAUAUUUAUAUAAUAAAAAAUUUGGUAGUGAUUAUAUUCAAAAUGGUGAUUUAAAAGAAAAUAAGGAAAAUGUUAGAAUUCUAAAAAAUUACAUAACUUCUUGUAACAAUUUAAAUUAUUCUAGAAUAUAUCAAACUGAAGUGUUAAAAAAAAAUGAAAAAUCCAAUUCAAUACUUCAUAAGCACGAAGAAACUAAAAAGAAAAAGAAUAGUAUUCUUGAGAAUAUUAAUAAUGUAAACACAAAAUAUUCACCCAUUUCAAGAAAUAAAAAUAAUUUACUUAUCCAUUUUAAUCACACUAACAAUUCCGAAAAUGUUAAAAAAAUAAAUACUAAUAACUUAACCAGUAAUUCUAGGAUUCUACAAAACAAAUGUAUCCAAAGUAAAAAUGAAUCAUUAUUAGGCAUUCCUUCAAAUAGUAGUAGUUAUAAAAAUAAUAAAUUAUCAUUAAAAACAGUAAAUGAAUUAAUCUUUGAAGUGAAUAAAGAAGAGGAACAUCUUAAUAUGUCAAAUAAUUUAAAUAAAUAUAUAAAUGUAACAAAAAAUAACGAAAAUAUUACUGAACUAUUAGGGAAAAAAAAAGAAAAGGAGCAUUUUACUAAAGACACAAAGAAAAACUCAAACUAUAUUUUUAUGAAUUAUAUUAAUGAUUUAAAAAAAAAAAAACAGUAUCUUGAAAAUAUGGAAAAGUUCAACGAUUACAGAAAAAACAGUUGUAUCAAAAAUUUAGAUAAAGUAAUUAAAAAUUAUGAUUUAAGAGGAUCAUUUGAUUUUAACCAUAGUAAAAAUAUUACUAUAAAUAAGAACUUAAAAAAUAUAUAUUUUAAAAAAAAAGUGCACAAAGUAAACACUAAAUUAAAAAUAUAUGAAAAUUUAUUAGACUUCGAAAAAGAAUUCAUAACUAAAAAUUGCAUUCAAAAAAUUACAAAAAAAGAAAAUGAUAUAUCAUAUAAAAAUACUGAAAAUGCAAAUAAUAAAAAAAAUAUACUUUAUUUAAACAAAAGCAAUAACUGUGCUAAAUAUAAACAUAAUAUAAAAAAAAAAAAUAGUAAUAAGCAACUUGUAUCAUUAAAUGAAGUUAACGUAUUUAAUGAAAAUAAAGAAAUAAAAAAGGGUAUAAAUCUAAUAAAUUUUCCCAUUAAUUUUAAAUUAAAAAAAAACUUAAAAAAUUAUAAAAACGAUAAUGAUAAUUUAUCAAAAAAAAAUUAUAUAAAUUCCCUUUUCAUGGAUAAUUAUGAUAAGAACAAACAAAUGAAUGAACUUAAAAAUUACAAACAUUGUAAUUUUAAUAAAAUUGAAAUAAAUGAAGAAAAGGAAUUUUUAAACUCUUUUAUAGAAAAUGACAUCAAUGAUAAAAAAAAUAUUCCUAUUUCAACUUUUUUUAAUAUAAAUGAUGAAAUUAAUUCAAAUAUUGAAACAUUAAGCAAUUACUCAUCUCAACUUAAUCAUGAAGAAAACAAAAUUUUAAAUAAUAAUAAAAUUGAAGAUAAUAAGGUACAUAUAUUAAAGUUAGAAAAUAACAUUUAUAAACAAAAAAAAAAUGAAAAUAAAAACAUUUGUGAAGAAAUAACACAACAUAUGGAAUAUAAAUAUAAUUAUGAUAAUAAGGAAAUCCCACAAAGAAUGGAAAAGAAUAUGCCAAAAAAUAUUAUUCAUAAAACACAAUCAGAAAAAAGUGUCAUGUUAAAAGAAGAUAUACAAUAUAAUUUUAGUAAAAUUAAAAAUUAUAAUACUUAUGAGAAAGACAAUAUAAAUAAGGAAUAUAAAAAUGAAGAAAAUUAUAGCAUAAAAUCUUUAUACAAAAAUAUGUAUGAGAAAAAUAAAAAAAAUAAUAAAAAAUCUUCAAGAUAUUAUCACAUAAAAGGAGUUAUUAAGGAGGAAAAUAAAUUAAAAGAAUUCAAUGGAAGAAAAAAAGAAUUAUAUAAAAAUGGUGAUAAUACUACAGCAACAAAUGAAAAUUAUAAUUAUAAUCUUGAAACUUUUAAUAAUGAAAAUAAUGAAAUAGGUUGUGAAAAUUUAAAAAUUGAAAACUAUAACAGUGAAGUUAAAUGCUUUAAUAAUGAAACUAAAAAAGAAAAUACAAAAGAUGACACGAAUAAUAAUAAUAAUAAUGAAAUUGAAUGUAAUGAUAAUAAAAAUAAAACUGAGAAUAUAAAAAAUGAAGAAGAUAAUGAAAAUGAUAGUAAAAUCGAAAUUUUGAAUGAUGAACUAAAUAGUGGGAGUACAAAAAAUAAAAUGGAUAAUGAAAAUGAUAAUAAUGAAAUUAAAAUUAAGAAUAUGAAAAAUGAAGUAGAUAAUGUAACUCAUAAUAAUGAAUUUCAAUUUUUUAAUAAUGAAAUAAAUAAUCAGAUAGAAAAAAAUGAAAAAGAUAAUGAAAAUGAUGAUAAUAAGAUUGAAUCUGUUAACAAUGAAGAUAAAAUCAAAAAUUCAAAAAGAGAAAUGGAUAAUGAAAAUGAUAAUAAUUAUGAAAAUAAUAUUGAUAAAGAAGAUAUAUUUGAAAAUGAAAUAUUAAAGUAUGAAAAUAUUUAUGCUUUAGGAGAAAUGGAUAAUCAAAGUACAACUGAAAAUGAAAAGAAAAAAAAUGAAAAUGAUGACAAUGGCAAUGGGUUUAUUAUUUAUAAUGAAGACAGAAAAGUAGAAGAUAAUAAAAAUGGAAGCAAAAUUGAUAAUAAUAAAGAGGGAGAAAAUUAUUAUGAAACUGAAAAUAUAAAAAAUGGAAAUUAUAAAAGAGAAGAUGGUAGUAUUAACAGUGAAAAUAAAAAUAUAAAAAAUGAAAAUAAGCAUAAAGAAAAUGAAAACAUAAUUUAUGAGAAUUUAUAUAAAAUUGAAAAUAAUAAUAGUAAAUGCGAAAAUGAAAAUAGUAACAAUGAAUAUUCAAACAAAAAUAAAAGUAGUGAUUAUGAAAAUACGAGUGAUUUUAAAUAUCAAAACAAAAAAAUAAUUAAUAAUUAUGAAGACAAAGAAAGUAUAAAUGAUAAUGAAUAUUUAGUAAUCAAUACUAAUAAUGAUGAAAAUAAAAAUAAAAAAGGCAAUGGCGAAAAUACAAGAAAUAAAAACAAAAAUAAAGAAAAUGAAUAUGCUUAUAAUGAAAUUGAAUAUGAAAUUGUAAAUAGAGAGAGCGAUUAUGAAAAUAAGGAAAACGUAAGUAAUAAUUAUAAGAAUAAUGAAAUUGAAUAUGAAAUUGUAAAUAGAGAGAGCGAUUAUGAAAAUAAGGAAAACGUAAGUAAUAAUUAUAAGAAUAAUGAAAUUGAAUAUGGAAAUAUUAGUGUGAAUAGGAAAUAUAAAACUCAAAAUGAAAACGAUGAAAAUAAUAGAAAUAUUAACGAAAAUGAUGAAAAUAAUAAAAAUAUUAACGAAAAUGAUGAAAAUAAUAAAAAUAUUAACGAAAAUGAUAAAAAUAAUAAAAAUAUUAACGAAAAUGAUAAUUUGUAUUUUGGAAAUAAUUAUAUUAAAAAAGAAAUAUGCUUUUUAGGUGAAAAUGUAGAAUAUGAUUAUUUGAAAAAAAAUAAUGGAAACGAUGAAAAUUUAAUUCAAGAUGUUUUUGAAGAACAUAAUUAUAAUAUUAAAAAUAAGAAAGAAACUUCUGAAGAUGAAAAUUUAGAAACAAUAGAUAUUAUGUUAAAAGAAAAAGUUGAGUUAAGAAAGACACAAAAAUGUUCCCAUGUUGAAAAUUUUAACAAGAAAACAAUAUAUAAAAUGAUUCAAAAUGAAUUAUUAUAUAAACAUAAUCAAUAUCCAGAAGAUAAUGAAACUACAAAAAAUGAAGAAUAUCAAGAUAAUUUGAGUAAAACUAUUUCAUAUAUAGAAAUCAGUAAAACUUCAAACAAUGAAAUAAUAAAAGAAUUUAAUAAUCUAUGUAUAAAAAUAAACAAAUAUAAUUUAUUUAAAUGUUUAAAUAUUAAAGAAGAAAGAUUAAAUUAUAUCAGUUUUUUAUAUGAUUCUUUUGAUUAUUAUAACAAAAUACUCGAAUCAGAAAAUAAAAAAAAUCAUAUUUGCAAUAAUGAAGUUAAAAAGGACAUUUUAAAUAGUAAUAAAUAUAAAAAAUAUUUUGAAGAUAAAUUAAUUAAUAUUUUUAAUUUAAAUUUAAUAGAAAAUGAUGAUAUUAAUACAUAUAAUUUAGAAAAUUCAGAAGAAUUGAGUAUAAAUGAAGAUAAAAAUGACCUUAGCAAUAGUUCACAUCACAUUAAUAAAAAAAUAAAUUAUUCGAUAAAUGAAAAAAGUGAAACUAGUAAAUAUGAGUUUGUUAAUUUAGCAAAAAAUGUAAAAAAUAAUUUAAUUCAUAAUGAUAUAAGCAUAUGGAAUACAAAAGAAAAGAAUGAUGAAGCUGAAGGAAAAAAUGUAUAUUAUUCCGAUGAGAACGACGAAGAUAAUAUAUGUUAUGAAGAUAUUAAAAGAAAUAUAUGGUUGCAGAAUCAUGAGUUUCAUAAAAAUAUUGAAAGAAAAAAUUUUGUUAAUUAUAUAAAAUUAGAAUCAGUAAAGUGUAUUAUAUUAUUUUGUUACUUAUAUGAUAUUAAAUAUUUUCAAGGGAUGCAUGAUAUGAUUAUAAGUUUAUUUUAUUUAAAUUUAGAAACUUAUGAAAUAUUUUGUGUUUUUGAAAAAAUUCUACAUUAUUAUGCACCAUAUUUAUAUUUAAGAAAUAACUUUAAAAAUAAAUAUUCUUUAAUUGAUGUAAGCAUAAAUAAUAUUACUAAUAAUUGUAAAAUAGAAGAUAUUAGUAUGCACAUAUGUAAAUUUAAUGGAGAAUUAUUCAGAUUGUUAUUUCAAUUUUUUUUUCCACAUAUUAGUUACUACUUCGAUACUUCAAUUAACGAAAGUUGGUCAUCUUUUUUUUUUGUUAACUUAAACUUUAGCAAAUUUACAAAUGUUUAUUAUUUGCUAUAUAUAUGGAUGAAAUUGAUAGAAAUAAAAGAAGAUAAAAAAGUAGUUACAUGUGAUUUUAUCCUUUAUUUAUUGUCUUUCUUUAGAUAUAAAUUAAAAAUUAUUAAACAGAAAUUUUAUAAAAAAGAGCAUUUCCUUAAUGUGAAUAAAAAUUAUAAUUUUAUAGAUUACGGAAAUUUUAAAAAAGAUACAAUGAAAGAAAGUGAACAAAAAGUUGAAGAUAUCAAACAAGUAAAUAAUGAAGAAUAUGAAAGACAUAAGGAAGGAGAAACAAAACAACAGGAAUAUGAGAAUAAAGAAGAAAAAGAAAAAAAAAAGGAAUAUAUUAAAAAAAAAAAAUUAUCUUUUUAUUGUAAACACAUGUUCUCUUUAAUUUUUGAAUUCAAUUCAUCUUUUGAUGAUCAUUUUAAUGAUGAUUUUAAAAUGCACGUAGAUAAUAUUAUAACAAAUAUAAGCAAAAUAAAAGAAAUUAUCCCUACUAGUAUAAUAGAUUUAAUUGCUAGUUAUAAUUCUAUGUAUCAAAAAGAACAAUUAUUAGAACAAAAUGAAAACAUAGACAAAAAUAUAUCAAGUAAUUUAACAAAAGAUUUAGACAACAAUAGUUGUUUAAAUAUAAAAAUAUCUGAUUUAUUUUCUAUAUAUAAUAAUAAAUAUUAUGAAUUUGUUUUCAUUAAAGUAUUCAAGGAAAAAAUUAUUUUAAGUAAACUUAAUUUUAUUAAUAUUAGUAAUAUACACGUAGAAAAUUUUGCUGAAUUAAGAAAUGUAGAUGAAUUUUUAAAAUACAGGAAAAAAUUAGGAAAUGUAUUUAAAAGCAAUAAAAAAAUAUUAUACAUUAUAUAUUCGAACGAAAAAGAUAUGCAACUCAUAGAUAACGAAACUAAUUCAUGCAUUAAUAAUACAUAUAUAAAUAAUACUGAAUUUUCUGAUAAUGAUAAAAAUAUAAAUAAAAAUAGAUUUAUCGAUAAAUUUUUUUUUAAAAGAAAUGCUAAAGGAAAUACUAUGAUCAAUAAGUUAAAUGAUUCCAAACUUGAUAAAAAAUACUUACAUAAUUUUAUAAUAACAUUAUUAAAGAAUAAUAUUAAGCAUUUAACUGUACUUAAUGAAGAUAAUAGUGUUAUCAAAAUAAUUAAUGAAAAAAAAUAUAUUGAAGAAGAAAUAAUUAAUAAUAAAUCAUUAAAUGAAAAUAGCUUUUUUUUUAAAGUCAUAAAGAAAGUGAAAAGUAAACUAUAUGGAAAUGCUAUAAAAGAAGAUGUAGUAAAUAAGAAUACAUAUAUAAAAGAAAAUAUGUUACAGAAUAAUAAUUUGAUGAUUGCGUCAAAUGAUUCUAAUUUAAAAAUAUUUAGUGAUAUGAAGAUAAAAAAAAAAGUAAAUUUAAAAAAAAAAAAAACAAUUUUAGAUUACAAAAAUAAUUUAAGGAAAAAAAGAAAUGAGAAACCAAAAAAUAAAUUAAAUAAGGUAGAAAGAGUAUUAUAUUAUAAAUUAGAAAAAAAAUUAAAUAGAAGCAUUGCUCCUUGUAAGAAAUACAAAGAAAGUGAUAAAAAUAAUUUAUUUAAUAUAUUUAAAGAAAAUAAAGAUAGAAAGUAUAUUAAUUUAAAUAAAAAAGAGUAUACCAAUAUGAUGAAUAAUUUGAAUUUAAAAAAUAAUUUAAUAUUUAAAAAAAAUAGGAGGCAAAAAUUAAAUAGCAAUAUUAAACUUCAUAAUUUUAUGUCUUUGCGCUUAAAAAAAAAAAAAACUAGAACAAGCAAAAGAAAGGGAAAAAGAAUAAAAAUUAUUGUUGAUACUUCAAAAAAAAGAGAGAUUAAAGCAACCAGAGAUAAACUAUACAGUAAUAUAACUCCUUUACAUAAUAAGAUCAGUACUUAUAAAAAAAGUGACACUACUAAUUCAUCUGUUGAAAAUUCUAACAAAGAACUAAAUAUUAAUUUAAUCAAUAAUGUAGAAAUUGAUAAUUUUAUUAAUGAUAGAGUAAAAAAAAGUUUAAGUAAUGAAAAUGAAUUAAGUUUUUUAGAUUUACAAGAAAGGUAUAUUAAUGGUUUAUUAUCAGAAAAAUGUUCACAAAAUAAUAAACAAGAUUAUAAAAAAAAUAUUUGUUGA